ACUUAGGUAUACUUAUUUUGGAGUCGACGAAAUCAAACGUUCAUUCUGUUGGAAAUUGUUGAACUCAUUGUACCUGUGAGUGUUAAAUAAAAAGUUUCAAUGAUGAGAUCUAUCAUUUUCCCAGUACUGUUUUAUAUUUUCAUUGUGUCGUGUAGGCGUGUAGACGGAGGUAACAAUUGUUUAAGAGCUUCGAAUGAAAAAUUGGCGGAAGAGUUAAAAAUGGGUGAUAUAGUUGAAGUUCAAUCACCCAAAAGUUUAGAGAAACAACUUAAAAAGUUAGAUGUCGGUGAUGUACUCAUGGUUGGUGUUCCCUCAUCACCUAUUUCGAAAGAAAAUCCUGAAAAUCCUAAAUUUACUGAUAUACUUGAAGUUGGAGUUCUAUCAUCACAUAAUUCGAAAGAAACACCUGAAGAGAUUAAACUAGAUGAUACACGCGAAGUUGGUGUUCAACCAGCCAAUAAUUUAAACGAAGAGUUAAAAAAAGGUGAUAUAGUUGGUGUUCAAUCAGCCAAUAGGUCUGGGUUGGAAUACGGUGUGGUUAAGAGAGACGGAAGAUCUCCUUUUGGAAGUCAAAAAAUUCUUGAACACCGUAAAUAUAGAGACUUUGACUACGAGACGUACAGAACAAAUAUAUUUGAGUGUAUCGGAAAUUUGAGUCCAGAUGAGGUAGUAACUAGUGAACAUUUUGAAGUAGGGGACAUAAUCGGAUAUAUGUAUGAAGAUAAGCCCGGAGUAUCAUAUAGAUUGUUAAAGGACAAAAAAGUAAGAGAAACUCUAGUUACUUUGCUACAGGCAUACUCUCUGGACAUGUUUGCCAUUUUCAAAAACACGGAUGAUAAAUAUUAUGAAAUACUCGACAAAUAUAUUGGUUGGAAUUAGAUAUGGAUGGCAUCGACAUCAUAGUCAGUAACACUAACUGAAGAUAACUAAGAUAUAUGUUACGUGUUUUUUCAAAAAAUAAACUAUUUUAUCAUAA